CCCGGAUAUGGCGGUCGCCACACAUACGACUCAUACCCAUCACAACAGCCACACAACGCGAUGCCAUUCGCCGGUCGCCAUACCGUUCACAUGAGAGGACUGCCAUAUAAGACAUCUGAGAGAGAAAUCUACGAGUUUUUCCUACCUUUGAGGCCACUUAACGUACAAAUACUGAUCGACGACUUGGGCCGACCCAGUGGUGAGGCCGACGUGGCGUUUGCCACUCACGAGGACUCUGUCAAAGCCAUGAAUAAAGACAAAGCGUUCAUUCAGAAACGAUACAUUGAGUUGUUUUUGCACUCAAACAGCGAUAACAAUAGCGUGAAGAGAGAGUCGUCGCCUCCCAAUCCGUUCAGAAACGGCGGCCCCAGUAGUGACAACGGCAACCAUAGGGUCGGACCGAUGGGCGGCUGGAGUACGACAGGUCUCCAGCAGAUCAACCAAAUCAACGAAGACUUAAUGCGUUCGCGGGUCCGAUUGAAUCCAUCGGACGAUGAAGAAGACAAUCCUCAGAAACAAUCGGAAAGAGAUGCCACAGGUUUGGCACAAAACCCCGGUGAGAUCCGGGGCAAUGAAUCGGCGGGUGUGCUGACUGUACCGCUGUAUAGCCUGACCUAUGAUAUGAAACACAGAAAGAGAGGUAAAUGUCUUGUGUUUAACCACGAGUUCUUCGACCCCAACACCGGAUGUACUCCCCGUCCGGGCACUGCCAAAGAUGCCGAGGCUAUUGUGGCCUCAUUUGAAAGACUCGAGUUUGAUGUCGAGCUACACACGGACGCCACUUAUGUCGAUAUAAGACAUGCCAUGUCUAAAGUGUCCACUGAUGAUCACACGGACAACGACUGUGUGGCAGUUGUGGUGUUAAGCCAUGGCGACGAGCAAUGCCUAUGGGCCCGGAAUUGCAAGUAUCCGAUCGAUACACUCACCGCUUAUUUCAACGGAGACCGGUGUCCGACACUGAUUGGCAAACCAAAGAUAUUCAUCAUUCAGGCCUGUCGCGGAAAGGAACCAGGUUCGGGGGUCAAAUUGAAAGCCCUGGGCCCGGAUGUGGCCGACAAUUCAGGGCCUGUCUAUAGGAUCCCAUCAAUAGCUGAUUUUAUAAUUUACUAUUGCACUGCUCCGGGUCACUAUGCAUUCCGUAACGUAGAAUUCGGCUCUUAUUUCAUUCAAUCAUUGGCCUCAGUAUUGAAUGAAUACUGUUAUAACAAUGUGAAUAUGGAUUUGAUGACAUUGCUCACUUUUGUCAACUUACAAGUGGCCUAUGGUUUCCAAUCUAACGUUCCCGAUAUAAGUGAUUACCAUAAGAAGAAACAGAUUCCGAUCCGGGGCAAUGAAUCGACGGGUGUGCUGACAGUACCGCUGUAUAGCCUGACCUAUGAUAUGAAACACAGAAAGAGAGGUAAAUGUCUUGUGUUUAACCACGAGUUCUUCGACCCCCACACCGGAUGUAAUCCCCGUCCGGGCACUGCCAGAGAUGCCGAGGCUAUUGUGGCUUCAUUUGAAAGACUCGAGUUUGAUGUCGAGCUACAGACGGACGCCAGUUAUGCCGAUAUAAGACAAGCCAUGUCUAAAGUGUCCACUGAUGAUCACACGGACAACGACUGUGUGGCAGUUGUGGUGUUAAGCCAUGGCGACGAGCAAUACCUAUGGGCCCGGAAUUGCAAGUAUCCGAUCGAUACACUCACCGCUUAUUUCAACGGAGACCGGUGUCCGACACUGAUUGGCAAACCAAAGAUAUUCAUCAUUCAGGCCUGUCGCGGAGAGAAAACCGAUUCUGGGGUCAAAUUGAAAGCCCUGGGCCCGGAUGUGGCCGACAAUUCAGGGCCUGUCUAUAGGAUCCCAUCAAUAGCUGAUUUCAUAAUUUACUAUUGCACUGCUCCGGGUCACUAUGCAUUCCGUAACACUGAAUACGGCUCUUAUUUCAUCCAAUCGUUGGCCUCAGUAUUGAAUGAAUACUGUUAUAACAAUGUGAAUAUGGAUUUGAUGACAUUGCUCACUUUUGUCAACUUACAAGUGGCCUAUGGUUUCCAAUCUAACGCUCCCGACAAAAGUGAUUACCAUAAGAAGAAACAGAUUCCGUGA